AGCGCACGAUGCGGGCUGUCGUCGGCUUGGCCGCGGCGCUGGGCAGCCUGCUGCUGGGCGGCUGCCUCCUGCGGCCGGGCGGCGAGCAGUCCCUCCGCGCCAGGAGCUGGGAGAAGGAUGCCGAAGUAGCUACCGUCACCCCGAGAGCGGUGCGAGCGCUCGGGGCGGCCCUGGCGCCUCUGCCCCUGCCCGAGAACAGAACAACUGCUAAUAAAAAUGGAAUUUGCCAGGUUGAACAGGCUUCAAAAUGCAAGGCAAUUCAGGACAAUAUUUUGUCGUCAUCUAUCAAGAAAAAAAGAUAUUCAGAAGAUUAUUUUCUUCAUAUAGUCACAAAACUACAAAACUGCACCUGGAUGAAGAGACCAGAAGAGUGUAAAAAAUUCAGGUCAGAAUUAGCUUCCUGCUGUGAUGCAGUUCACAAUUUUAUUGCUUCUCAAAACAAUACCCCCCUGGGAAGUAACAUGAGCUAUGAGGUGGACAAUAAAAAGACCAUCCUUAUCACGGAGGACAUUUUUAGGAUGCUGCCUGUGUCCUCUCCUCUUUCAGUCUAUCGCUUCAAGAACUGUGCAGUGGUUGGAAAUGGAGGCAUUCUCAAAAAUUCCAGUUGUGGAGCUGAAAUCGAUCGUUCUGACUUUGUGUUUAGGUGUAACCUCCCUCCAACCACAGGAAGCAUUAGCAAAGAUGUUGGCAAUAAAACAAACCUUGUGACUGUUAAUCCAAGUAUCAUAGCUCAGAAAUACAACAAACUCAAUGAAAAGAAGACAGAAUUUUUGGAGAACGUUGCGGUCUAUGGAGAUGCUUUCCUUUUAUUGCCAGCAUUUUCUUUCAGAAGCAACACCGCUACUUCUUUUAAAGUAUAUCAAACACUUAAAGAAUUCAAAGCAACACAGAGGGCAAUAUUUUUUCACCCUACUUACCUGAAAAGUCUUGCCCAGUUCUGGAGAACUAAGGGUGUGAAAGCCUAUCGAUUGUCAUCUGGUUUUAUGAUCACUAGUGCUGCUCUUGAGCUGUGUGAAAAUGUGAAGCUAUAUGGCUUCUGGCCUUUCUCAAAAUCCACAGAGAAGAUGCCAAUUAGCCACCACUAUUAUGACAACCAACUGCCUAAACCAGGUUUCCAUGCAAUGCCCAAAGAAUACAACCAGAUCCUUCAGCUUCAUGGCAAAGGCAUUUUGAAGUUGCAGUUUGGUAAAUGUAGAUCAAAAUAAAAAGGGUGAUGAUCCUAAGGACAGAAUUUGU